CAAUAAAAGAAGAAGAAGAAGAAGAAGAAGAAGAAGAACGUGUGCAUAAGCAAAACGUUACUAUUUCCUGAUUUGUGUUGCCAUAUUUUUACGGUUGAGGAUACUGAUGGAGAUGCAAGCAGACAGCGUUGAACCAGAGAAAAGUGAUUUUCUGCAGCCGUUAGAUAGUGAGAUACAAACAUGGAUGUCAAAGGCGUUUGACAUGGCACUUGAGGCCCUUGAGAAUGGUGAGGUUCCAGUCGGCUGUCUGAUGGUUUACAACAAUGAGAUUAUUGGAAAAGGAAGAAAUGAGGUGAAUGAAACAAAAAAUGCUACUCGGCAUGCGGAAAUGGUGGCCCUGGAUCAAGUGCUUGAUUGGUGCCGUUUCAGAGAGAAGGACCCAAAGGAGGUGUGUGAACAGACUGUACUUUAUGUGACAGUGGAGCCAUGUAUCAUGUGUGCAGCUGCUCUGCGCCUGCUUCACAUACCUCUUGUUGUAUAUGGGUGCAAAAAUGAGCGGUUUGGAGGCUGUGGAUCUGUCCUGGACGUCUCAUCGGAUCAUAUACCACACACUGGAACUUCAUUUAAGUGCAUCGCCGGCUAUAGAGCAGAAGAGGCUGUUGAAAUGCUCAAGACAUUUUAUAAACAGGAAAACCCAAAUGCUCCCAAACCUAAAGUGAGGAAAGAUUUGAUCAGUCCACCAGAUGGCGCUGUAGUCAUUCAGGUAAAACGAGGACCGCAAGAUGAGGAGAGCGAAACAAUUGCUCCUUUGAGCUGAAAUGGAAAAUAUUUAGACAUUGAGGCUUUUACAAGACCUUGUCAGUGCCUGGAUCUCAGUGACUUUUGAUUUUGCCAUCUUUUUGAGGUCAUUGAUUUGAUCUACUAUUUGAGGAAGCACAUUGGCUCAUUAUCUGGACCACAUAGCUGGUAAACCUCCAGGCCUCCUCCUCUCUGUGGCUGGACGCUGAGAGUUGUCUGUUAACAGUGUGUAGAAGCAAUAGACUGGGCCUGUUCUGCAUUAAAGCACAGGUUCUUCUCCAGCUCUUGCUCUCUUUGUGUCCUUAUACAACCCAGAGAACUGGUUCUGAACUCUCAAUGAUCUCAGUCUUGGGCUCACUAGCAGAUGCAGGACAGACCCAGGUGGAGUUUCCACUUACUUCAUAGCCAGAAACUUUAAAGGGAUAGUUAAAAAAUAAUUUCUGUCAGUACUUUCUCACACUACUUUUUUUUUCUUCAAUGUAGCACAAAAAGGGAAUUUUAUGAAGAAGUUUUUAAAGAAUAUAUACCCAUUUUUUAAUAGAAUUAAAGUAAUUGAAGAUGGAGGCUGUCAAGCUCUAUAAUAGCAAAAAAUAAAAGGCCAUAAAAGUAUCAUAAAACAGUAUAAAAGUAGUCUUGAUGCUUUGUGUAUACCUUCGUUUUGAGUUUCCUGGAAGAUGGAAAGUCACACAGGUUUGGUACAACAUGAGGGUAAAGAAAUAAUCACAAUCAUUUUUAGGUGAAGUUUUCAAAGUCAUUUCCUUAGGUUUGCCUGUUUAUUUAUUUAUUUUUUGCAAUAUCUCAC